AUGUUCAUGGCAAAGCUGGUGGCAAUAUGGCGGGCCUUAUGUCUCAUCGCUCCAGUGUGUUAUGCAACAUCGUCAAGCACCCGGCCCAAAGAUCCCGGAGACAAAGUACCUGUCACUUUGCGUCAAGCGCUCCCCCCUGGAGAAGCGCCUAUCUUCGUCGAGCAAUCACUCAGGCCAAAAUCGAAUCACACCUUCUGCCACGUUUAUCCUGAGGGAGAUCACAAUGAACUCGAUUGCACGACGGCUUAUCAUGAGGACUAUACCUACGUCGACCUCGAACAGAUCGAGCCCCUACUGGUGAACCAGCGGGUACUCUGCGAUGAGAGAGCUGUCGCUGCUCAUGACACUGAUAUAGUACUGCUGUUCAUCAACCAGGAUGCUACCAAACUUGCAAACACAGCAUGGGGCUCUGGGGAAGACUUGGUCUUCGUGAUUGAAGAUCCUCAUUGUUUCCAAAUGGCUGGAGAUCGUUCCUUUUACCUCUCGGACGGCAUUGAUUGGGACUUUGAGGAGAUGCGGGCCAUCAUUCAUGCAACACCCUUGUGGGCCAGGAUCGACAUGAAGUCAGGAUGGGCUCAUAGUAUCACGACAGGCAUGGCGGCCGUGCCACCAGGAUACUUCCCAGAUCCGAGGCCCAGUUCUGGCUAUGUGCCGCAUCUCAAUGCCGAAGUCUCGAAGCGGCAGACAAAAGGCGUUGCCGCCGGUGUUUGCGUCGCAGGUGUCAUUCUAGGUGGGCCGUUCUUCGGCCUGCAAGCCUGUGCUAUCGGUGCUCCUUAUUAUGCCAUCUUGACGGAAAUUAUGAAAGCAAAUGAGAUGUCCCCGAGCGUAAGGAUUGGAACCCUUAUUUCCUUCCUUGGACCUGUCUUUGCGCCGCUCGGUGUCGCCACAGUGGCCCUUAGUGCGUUCGUUGUACCGGCAUAUAUAUCUUGGAUCAAAGACUGGGACUACAACCUCGACAAAAUAUGGAUGAUUCCUUGGGGUCUGUCUGGGGAGAAAGAGCGGAAACUCCUUGAUGAGUACAUCAAGAUACCGCGCGUCACCGCUACUUGUCCGAACUGCCACAUCAUCGGCAAGUUCAAGGCCACGCUACGUCUGAAGUUCGAUCUGAGGGGAAAGAAGCACAAAGGACCACCUGAAUGUAUCAACAGUCCAGAGGAGCUUGAAGACGAUGGCAGGAAAAAGCACCCGAAGCGCGAUCUGCCCGGUGGUCCGAGGCUCUCACACGCAAUGUAUGCCGAAUAUGAACGCAUCGCAAUGCACCUCAAACGCAGUGAAUUCGAGACACCGGAUUCCGAUCCAAGAACAGGCCGUACACCACAUCACGACAAGCACUUCAAGCGAGACGAGCCCUGUGACCAUGCAAGUAGCAUGAGUUAUCCUUUUUGCAUCGACGAGCAGAUGAGAAAUUACCAUGCGAAAUGCGACCCUUAUCUCGACAACCUGCUGCUGCAUCCCACUGCCGUCCUCAAAGAGGGUAUUAUCUGCUUAUUCCGCUGGGGUCACUGCUGGGACAAAUUUCACGAAGCAGCCGCAUUCUAUGACGACUUCGAAGACUACGCGUUGAAAAUUGUGCAAAGGCAUAUAGAGGAGGCCAAGUUUGAGCUAGAGGUCGAAGAAGAGAUCGAUAUUCAUGUACAGCCGCAAUUGCUGCUGGACAUCAGUGCCGGCUUGUGGUUUGAUGUAGACUUUGGCGUCGAGUCGCUGAAGGAAGGGCCGGUUAUCUCUUGGGGAUUCCUGGUGAGCUCAGGCACUGGAGGUUCUGCACCGAUCAUUGCAAACGGACCUGGAAGCUUAGGAACCAAAAAGCAAUCUGGCUUUAGUGGAAACGACGGCGGGAAAAAGGUUGGAUCGGGUAAUGGUUUGGGUAAGAUGACUUGGUGUUUACCAGUGUUGCGAUUUGAGCGGGUAAUUGCCGCGGGUCUGAAAGCCAACAUCACGCUGCCCGGAUUGAGCGCCAAGAUCGGGGUAGGGAACCUGACAUUGGAUCUCACCAAACCAAAAGACAGUAUCGUGAAGUCAGACAUGGCAAUUGAGCUGAAGUAUUUGAAGGCUCGUGUUGAUAUUGCGAAUGAUCCCUGGAUCACUUCAUCAUGGAGCAUAGGCCCGGCUUUCGACUUCACGUUGACGCCCAACCUCAAUCCUGGCGCACCCGCGCAGGGCUGGAGCAACGACUACAUACAUCCACCCAUAGGUUUUGGUGGACACUUUGAAAUCAUCAAGGUUGAAUACAAAGUAGCAGGUGCUGCGGUGGACGACCCAGUAUGUAAAGAACUGAAAGGCGAGGAGUGGACUCGACCCGGCUGGAUGUUCGAAGUCGAUGUCCGAACCGGUUGCAGAUUCUACGCAUCAUUCUUUGGUAUUCGUAUCGACAGCAACCAAAUUGGCCAACUUCAGAAGAAAACCUACGCCGCAAAGGGCCUCUACUGGUCCGCAAGAGUAUUCGCGCAUUGCGAUAUGUUCGAUGGCGACGAGGGUGUGGGAGACCAUGUUGCCCGCGCGAUCAACCUAGCCCUAGACCUCAUUCAAGAGCCGAUCGCAGCUAUCAUGGAUAAGAUCUCCGACGAAUUGAAUGCGCCUAAACACUUCGCGAUCACGGACAAUGAGGACAUGGACUACAUGCCGACAUCUGAAGGCAGGAGAUUGGGAUGGGAAGCUUUCCAGAUGGCACAUGGCUUGGAUGCUUGGUACGGACCGGGGGUAGAUUACCUGCUACCCGGGCGGCCUCAACCUAAGGAAGUGUGCGAAGCCGAUGGUACUGUCCUGAAAAAGCUUGGAGCGGAGCCAGCCGAUUGUAGAUUUCUGAGCCAGGAUGCGAAGUUCAACUACAGUAGGAUGGACAGCGAAGCAGCUUCUGCUGUAUCUGCUGCUAACGCCGCGGGUCUGACCCUAAUUAUUGGAACCGCGACCACGACGCAGACGCCACCGAGCUCCACUUUAUCUACGGUCACUCGUCCUCUGCCAGCUUCGACUCCCCAGGUUACACUGCCCCCAGGUGUCUCUGAUGGGAAGGCUGAGUUGCAGGAUGCCAAGGACGUGAUGGACUGCAAAUGGCUGGGGCGCUGCUCUUAA